UCAUAUGCAUCAGAGAUAAAUUCAUUUCAAUCCGAUUGUGUUUACACAUAUAGAUAAACUGCAACAAUGCGUUGUUCAAAAUGUCGUUAAUUUGAAAAUUGCUUUAAUCGUUCUUGAAUAUAGGGUCAACGCUCAAGUUCAGUGAAUUCGUUUUAUACGUCAUAAUUUUCCGACGAUGAAGAUUUUAUUUUUUGGACUCACGGCCCUCAGCGUGGUUUCUGGCGCUAAUAUAUUGGGGAUAUGGUUCCAUGCCGGAAGAAGCCACCAUAUAUUGGGAGAAAAGCUACUGUUAGAAUUAGCCAGUAGAGGACAUAACGUUACUAUGGCAAGUCCAUUUCCUCUGCAAGAACAAUGCUUUGAAAAUUACACGGAUAUUCAUCUUACCGGCAUUCAAGAAGAUCAAGAUGCGAGAGAAAAAAUGUUUUUGCAUAUGAAUGAGGAUAGUUUCUUCUCAACAGUCAGCGCUACCUUGGAAUUAGUUAGAGCUCAAACAGAAAUGACUCUAGGCCAUUGUCAAAUGAUAAGACUCUAUAAUUCAAGAGUUAAGUUCGAUGUGAUAAUCAUUGAUUGGUUUAUGAAUCCUGCCAUUCUAUACUUUGGGAAGUUAUUCAAGGCACCUGUGAUAGCUCUUGCAUCUCAUGGAACAACAGCUAUGGCCAACACUAUAGUAGGGAAUCCUUCACCCGCGUCUUAUCUACCUCUUACAAUGCUACCAUAUACAACAAACAUGGCGUUCCAUGAGAGAGUGAUCAACGCUGCGCUCUCCAUUUAUAGCGAUUGGAUCGGAAGUAGAAACCUUGCUAAAAAUCAGGCUAUGAUCGAGAAGAUAUACAGACGUUCUAUGUCGUACGAAGAGAUGAUUAAUACUGUGGCAUUAGUCUUCAGUAAUGGUCACUACUCCUUCGAACAUCCAAGGCCAUUCGUACCCAAUUUGAUACCAAUUGGAGGUUUUCAUGUAACCAAACCCAAAAAACUUCCAAAGCUAUUUCAAGACUUCAUGGACAAUCGAUCAAAUGGGAUAAUAUACUUCAGCCUUGGCUCUAAUAUGAAGAGUACUAUGUUACCACGUCAAAAAGUAGAAGAAAUUCUGAGAGUAUUCUCUGUAUUACCCUAUAGUGUAAUUUGGAAAUGGGAAGACGAAAAUCUGGAAGGGAAGCCAAGAAAUGUUCUAAUCAGCAAAUGGUGUCCACAAAAUGAUAUACUUGCUCAUCCCAGAUUGAAGUUGUUUAUAUCUCAUGGAGGCCUACUAAGUACAAUCGAAGCUCUUCAUUAUGGGGUUCCACUUUUAGGAAUACCAAUUUUCGGAGAUCAGAAAUCGAAUGUACCAAAUGCAGUUAGAAAAGGUUAUGCUCUGCAAAUAGAUCUGAAGGAUUUAACUGAAUUGGGUCUCUUCCAAGCCCUACAUGAAAUCAUGACCAAACCGAAGUAUACCGAAAUGGCUAAAAAACAUUCUGCCAUGCUGAGAGACCAGCCAAUGUCACCUAUGGAUACUGCUGUAUUCUGGGUCGAACACGUUAUAAGACAUAAGGGUGGCGAUCACUUGAGGAAUUAUGGCGUCCACUUAUCAUGGUUCAAAUACUAUAUGGUUGAUGUAUGGUUAUUGGCGGCCUUGUCUUUUGUUAUUAUUGCAUUCUUAAUCUUUGUUAUAUCUUGGAAAGGUUUCCAGUUAAUAAGCUUGAUACUAAACGCAAUACUAGACUAUACACAUCCCAGGCCACCAUAUAUUAUAAAAAAAAAGGAGGAAAUCAGAAGGAGAAAAGUUAAAAGAAGAAAAAGAUGCAACGAUCAAAAAUUAAUAUUUGUAUCAAUGCGUGGUGAAGAUCGAACGGGAAUGAAGUUUCUUCUUUUGUCCUUACUUUUUUUGAACGUUACUCUUGGAGCUAAUAUAUUAGGAAUAUGGUUCCAUGCUGGAAAAAGUCACCACAUUUUAGGCGAAAUUCUUCUGAAAGAACUGGCUAGAAGGGGGCAUAACAUAACAAUGGCGAGUCCAUUUCCUCUAGAAGCACCAUUUCCAAACUACACGGAUAUCUAUUUGAAUGGAAUUAAAGAAGAUCAGAAGUCUAGAGAAGAUAUAUUCUUGAAAAUGAACAAAGGAGGAACUAGAGAGGCAUAUAAAAUAACAAGAGAUAUUACAAGAGCGCAAACAGAACUUACACUUGCCCACCCAAAGAUGAAAAAACUACUGGAAUCUGGUGUCAAAUUCGAUGUUAUAAUAAUGGAUUGGUUCAUGAAUGAUGCAGUGUUAUAUUUUGGAAAACUUUUUAAAGCCCCAGUAAUCCUAUCAGCUUCAUCUGGAACCACAAUAUUAACAACAGCAAUUUCGGGAAACACUUAUCCUCCAUCAUAUUUACCACUAUCGAAUUUUCCUGUUGAAAUGACUUUUUGGCAAAGAGCUAUCAACGGGUUAUAUUUGUUAAUUUGGGCAAUACUGAGUGACAAAACCGAAAAAUUUCAUGAAGCUCUAGUGAAAAAACAUUACAAUGACACCUUCACCUCUUCUGACAUGAAAGAUGUUGUGGCUCUCAUACUGAGUAAUGGUCAUUAUACCUAUGAAUAUCCUAGACCAUAUGUACCUAAUGUUAUUCCAGUGGGUGGAUAUCAUGUCAUGCCACCUCAAAAAUUACCUCAGAAUUUUCAAGAAUUCAUGGAUGAGGCGAAAAAUGGUGUUAUAUUCUUCAGCUUGGGAUCAAAUAUGAAAAGUACUCUCCUUGAAGAGAAAACAUUACAUGCAAUAUUGGGGGCAUUCUCGAAAUUGCCAUAUAGAGUGAUUUGGAAAUGGGAAGAUGAGAACUUAGAAGGAAAACCAAGCAAUGUCAUGAUCAGCAAAUGGUGCCCACAGAAUGAUAUAUUAGCUCAUCCCAACCUCAAACUGUUCAUCACUCAUGGUGGACUCCUAAGCACCAUUGAGGCUCUACAUCAUGGAGUACCUUUUAUUGGGAUACCGAUAUUUGGUGAUCAGAAAUUGAAUGUUCCUAAGGCUGUGAAGAGUGGGUAUGCGCUCAAAUUGGAACUAGAUGAAAUCAACGAGAAAGUUUUGAAAGAAGCCAUAGAAGAAAUAAUCGAUAAUCCGAAGUACAAAAAAGAGGCCGAAAGGCGAUCACGAUUACUGAGAGACAGACCUUUAUCAGCUAUGGAUACAGCCAUUUUUUGGAUUGAACAUGUUAUAAGACACAAAGGGGGAAAUCAUCUCAAAACCUACGGAUUAAAACUACCUUUGUGGCAGUAUCUGAUGAUAGAUGUUGUUCUCUUCACCUUUGUAAUCAUUUCUCUCAUGUUUGCUGCAUUUUACUUCAUUCUGAAGAAGUUGCUGAAUGUUCUUAAAUUUUCAAGAUCGAAAAAAAAGAAUCAACCUAAAAAAACACAAUAAUCAGCGAAUGUGAAAUAAAAACUAUUGAAAGUGAAUGCAAAAAGAAACUGGUUAUAUUUUCGAAGUCAUUGAAUCGAAUUUAAAUCGAAGCAUAGAUGGUGUAGCUCAUAUUUGGUUUAAGAUUUUUUUUUCAAUAAUGCACAGAUUGAAGUUUGUAGGAAAAUAUUUUUAGGUAUACUAUACAAUAUUAACUAGCAAUACUG